AUGAAGCCAAUCGUGCUUCUUUUUGUGGCUGGUUUGCCACAAUUUGCCUUCGCCAGACAAGCUGGCAAGCCUGAAUGCCCAUGCAUCAGCAGCAGCUCCAGUGGUUAUGAGAGUUUGCAACGCAAUCUGGCUGCCACAGGAUUCCCAAGCGACUAUGGCAUGCAGGGAUGCCGAGCUUAUGAUCAGGGUGCAAGUCAUCCUGGCAUCGAUUGCUCUGGCAAUGCCCACGACUAUUGCCAAAAUCAGUGGUGCUACGUGGACACCAGCCUUUGCCCCAUGAAACGAGAAGAAUGUGCAGCAGCCGGAAAGAAAUUGGGCAGCGCUGAGUCGCCUUUCUGCCGGGCACGACCCCAUGUCCAGUCGGCGGUUGUCAGCGGCCAUUGGAGCUACGAAACGUGUGGAUUCCUCAAUACCUACAACAGGACAGGAGUAAUUCAAGCACCAGUGGCGAAUACAGUCCUCAAGAUAGCGGUGCAUGAGUGGGCCCCCUUUCUUUUCAAGUCUUCGGAUUCGAAGCAUUCCUAUGCUGGACCGACUUUCGGCUUCUUCAGGAAGUGCAUGGAGGAGUUCGUGCCAGAACCCGAGAUACAGGUGGUUGACGUGCCUGCCAUGGCAGAAUCCUUGGCCAGGUUCGAUAGCAUCUACACAGCCUGUGUUCACGACGUCGCCAUUGGAAACCUGGACCUUUGUGUUUCAGAUAUGUGGGUUCUACCAGAUCGCGUGCUUCUGGUUGAGUUUCUGCCAGCAUCGAGACACGAUCACUUUUACCUGGUGGUCCGAAACAUGGCAAGACACGUUAGCCUGUAUGAUCGGCUUACAACGCCUUUCUCCCCAUUUACACUUCAGGGGUGGAUGACCGUGCUUGCCUACCUCACCGCCGUGUCCACGUUUCUUUGGCUUGCCCUCCUUUGCAAGAUGCAAGGACAGUACGACGAGUUCUUGGAGGAGAAGGUAGAGUGGGCAAACUUGGACAUGGAAGAUGCAUUCGCAAAAUUGGAGAAUGCAAGAGAGGAGUUGGAAAAAGCACGCUUGGAGCCACGAAACGCAGAAGCCCUUGCCAAAGCAGAAAGCGCGGUAAAAGAGGCAGCUUUGAAUCAUGCCAAGAAGCAAAGACACGAGGAAGAGCUGGAAGCUGGGUUGAAAGCUAAUAAGAAAUUGAAGUUGCUUCAGUGGUCUAACCUUUGUCAAUGUGCAAGCUUGCGGCAGAAUCUGCACUUGCUUGCGGGUACCUGGUACGAUGUUUGGGCGCACUUUCUUGGACAAGACAUGAUCUAUGAAGGCGACAAGGUACCGGGAGCCUUCAAGAUGUUCUCCUUGGCCUUUGCUUUCUUCAGCAUCGUUACACUGGCAACCUACACAGCGAGUCUCGCAAGUAUGCUUGUUGCGGAGAGGCAGCUGGUUGGCGAAAUCAGCAGCAUUGAGGAUGCCAUUGCCAGACAGUACACGCUCUGUGUACCUGAUGUGCUGCGUAAGUCUGUCCAAAAUACAUAUGGGGAGUUGAGGAUCUUUUCCUGCAAAGAGAUUCAGCUCUGCCCCCGCGAGAUGCAGCUGGGGAACUGUCAAGCGAUGAUUGUGUCGGAGGAGGUGAUAUCAAGAAUGCACGCAGGCUGGAUCUUUGAAUCAGACUGCAAGCAAAAUAAGACCUUCUGUGAGGACUCUGAGGGGAAUCCUCGCAAUGACUGCAGCCUCAUCGCAACUGGAAAUGUUCUCACAAGUGUGCCAAUUGCAUUCCCGGCCAGCGACAGGCUCGUAAAGAGCUUGUCAUGGGCAUCCGCCUCCCAGCAUGCGAAGGGGACGAUGCAAACCGAGUUGCGGGCUCACUCUCACGAGUUUCCGAAGUCAAUCUGCGAUGCGCCGACCCAGCAAAGAACUCUCGCUCUUGGUGCCGAGGACCUCAGUGGCAUCGUCAUCAUAUCUGGCUUCUUUUCUGGAUUGGCACUCGUGCGCUUUCUUUGUACACAGUACUACGUCCACAAGGAGAAGCAGAAGAGCAGAGAGAAGAUUCUGCAGGACAGGGAAUACAGAAGGGAAACGCUGGAACUGGGCCUUACCACCGUGAAGUUCAAGGAGGACAUCAUUGAUCUCUUCGCCUCGAAGAAGUAUGCAACCAGAGCUGCAAUGGACAUAGGUGCCGGAAGGGGCUCAACAACUGCUGCGUUGGCUGUCAACUUCGCCGUCGUUGUGGCCAUCGAGAAAUAUUGGGACCUGGCAGAUGAACUUGGAUGCUGCCACUUGGAGUCGAACCAGCUGCUCAGAAAGGACGGAAGUGAAAUCACCAACAUUGUGCGGCUUCACAUGGACACUCUGCUUCCGUUUGCCUUCGCGAGCCUGGUUGAUCAGAAUUUUUCAGCAGUGGUCAUCGAUGCCCAGCACGAUUUCGAAAGCAUCGCACGUGAGACUUUCCAUGUCUUGCGCGACAUCCCGUGCUGUGUGGAAACCAUCGUAUAUCACGACUAUUGUUUCGAAGAGGUGUUCCAGACACUUCUGUGGUUCGAGCUCUCCGGGCUGCUCACUUUUCAGAAGUUCAUGGGGGAGCCUUCGAACUCCCCCAUGUGCAAAAGCGCCGGCGAGAAUCUCGAGAGAGCUGAAGGGGUCGCCAUGAAGGUGAGUCGAAGGCCUCUGAAGGACUUCCACGAAAAGGUGGAGGAAGCAUUUCGAGGCUCCUUCGCGCGCGGCGAGUCCCUGGAGAAAAGGCUAAAUAGAACCCAGUGGCUCCUCUUCUCGCCGCAUUCGUCGAUCGGCAUUCUGACCAUGCAUUCCUGGCCACGGCUUUCGCAUCUUAGCUUUCUCCGGAGGCCUCAGCUGGCGUUCAAGCACUUUCCUGCGACUCGGGAUCGUCCUGGCGGCACGAAGCUCUUCUUUCUGACCUACCCAGAGUGGGAUGCUUCUCACAGGCCAUCUCUGGUCGUCUACUCCCUGCAGAAAAGCAGGCCAUGGGCCCUUCUAGGCGUGAUGGACCGCGAGUUGCGGCUGCUGCGAAUAGUUCUGCCGGAGGAUCAUCCGAUGCGCGAGGACCUCGACGGGAUUGAUGGGGUCAUGGGGGUGAACCUCAGAUUUGGAACAGGGCUGGCCAAGGAUUUGGACCAUUUGCUGCAUGUGGAUGAAGCCUUGGCGAAGCGGAUUCCCACAUGA